GAGAGAGAGAGAGGAGACGACGCUUUGCUUGGCUUGGGCUUUGUAGGUGAGUCCGAACGAGCGAUUCCUUUUUGACUUGGCCGGGCCGGGAUCGGAGGAGGCGGCGGAGGAGGAGCGGAGAGGGUGGGCGGCGGGGCGGGAUGGACGUGCCGUGGCUGCUGGUGGCGCACGGGUCGGUGACGGCGCUGGUGGUGGUGUCCUUCCUCUGCGGGCAGUGGCCCAUCUUCGAGGGCACCUUCGUGCAGCGCAUCAACCACUUCCUCACCUUCGGCGCCUACCACCACUUCCUGCGGCUCGUCCACGCGGCGUGCGGCAAUGGGGCCAGGGAUCUCGUCCUCGGCGUCGAGCGCUACUGCUGCGAACGCCCCAACCCGAUCCUGCAGGUUUUUUAUGUAGCCAUAAUAGGGGUAACAUAUUUUAUAAUUGUCCAGACAUCUUUCCAGUACAUUCCUGGGUACUAUGUGAGUGGGCUGCACAGAUACCUGAGCAUUGUGGCUGUUGCUAUUGGUGCUUUACUCUUUGUGCUGACUAGCUUUUCUGAUCCUGGAACUGUCACUACCGAGAAUGUUUCUCAAUAUCUAUCUGCCUAUCCAUAUGACGGCAUCAUUUUUGAGGAGAAAGAGUGUUCUACCUGCAAGAUUACCAGACCAGCCAGGGCAAAGCACUGUAGAAUAUGUGAUAAAUGUGUUGCGCGGUUUGAUCACCACUGUGGAUGGAUGAAUAACUGCAUUGGGGAGAAAAAUACUCGCUAUUUUGUGGCCUUUUUAGUUUGGCAUUUUCUUUUAUGUUUAUACGGAGCAGUUGUUCUUGGCUUCAUUCUUGCUGGCGAAUUAAAAGAAAGGAAAGUUAUCUACAUAUUGACAGUUUAUUAUGGCAUCGACAAUUCAUUCUCUGGCCUAUUUCCACAUGUUGCACAGUGGUUGCUUGUUGUGCAUAACACACAGAUACUGUUAGCGGUCUUUUUGGCUAUAAUAGCAUUGCUCCUUGGUGGCUUUUGUGGUUACCACACACAUCUUUGCUUAAUGAAUACAACAACGAACGAGACAUUCAAAUGGCAAGACUAUAUUAUGUGGAAGAAAAAGGUGAAUCAGGAAAAGGCUGCUGCAAAUGGUGAAGUGCGCAAAGCAUCACCAAGCAAAUGGAAGGCAUUCUUCUGCAGGUCACAUUCCCAGGCUGAUGAACCAGUUGUGAAGAAUAACAUAUAUGACAAGGGAAUGAUCAGAAACUUGUGCGAGGUUAUCGUUCCUUUGUCAGAACGUCAGUCAUUUUCCCGCCGGAAAUCGGAUUGAUUUGAAUGCUGUUGCAACUUUCACCUGUUGUAUUACCUUCUAUGCUGUAAAUCCCUGUAGAAUAUUAGAAACAAUUUUUCCAUACCAUAGAAGAAACAGUCUGAGGAUCACCUUGAUCAGGAAUUGAGCAUCACACACAGAGACUGAAAAAAACAUAGGCUCUGCUGAAGUUGCUUUUAUUUUUGCACUCCUGGAAAAGUAGGUUUGAACAGCAGGUAUACUACCAGUUGAUGACUUCCUUAAAUAUAGAAUCUACUGACAGCAUGUGGGAGUGAGAAUUGUACAUUAUCAUUGUUAUGAAUCAAGGCAGUUUGAUUUCUUUACUGGUGAAUCUAUGCUGGUAUUUCAUUUUAAGGGGGUUGGUAAGCAGUAAGCACAUGCUGUCAGUAGACCCUAAAUUGUACAUGUCGUGGGUUGGGGCAGAUCCUAAAUUGCUUCGUUCAAUAGUCAAGAUAGAGCUGUUAUUAACAGGGUUUAUUUGAGGAAAGUUUAAUCAAAGCUGUAAUGGCAGAAACGCUGAUAUUGUCAUUUUUAAUAUCAGCGGGUGGUCACUCACAUGGCACAAGUUGUAUCCAUGUUACGAAUCUAUAAUCAUUUGAGACGUGUGCUUGUAAAAGAAACUAUAGGAAUUUAUGAUAUAUAUUCAGUAAAGUGAGAUGAAACUCAAUUGUAAGCCACCUUUUGA